AGAUUAGUGGAACUCCUUUAGGUGAUUCUAUAGUUCGGCCACGAAUUGUAAGAGAGCUCGACUGGUGCGAACACGUAUGGCCUAAAGAAUUAAAAGCAUUUGAAUAUCCCAAGGUUCAACUUUAUUGUCUUAUGAGUAUCAAAGAUAGCUUUACAGAUUUUCAUAUCGAUUUCGGUGGAACUUCCGUCUUUUACCAUGUUAUCAAAGGAUCCAAAAUAUUUUAUUUCGUUAGACCUACUCCACCAAAUUUGAAAAAAUAUUCAAGAUGGAUUUCUUCACCAGAACAAUCCAUGACUUUUUUUGCCGAUUUGGUUAAAGAUUGUUACGAAGUGCGCAUUUGUGCUGGAUGGAUUCAUGCUGUAUAUACACCCGAAGAUGCAAUAGUUAUAGGUGGGAAUUUCUUACAUGGAUAUAAUAUUGGAGGGCAAUUAGCAAUUUAUGAGAUAGAAAAACGCGUAGAUGUUCCAGCAAAAUAUCGUUUCCCUUAUUUUGAAAAAAUUUGUUGGUUUGCUGGAAAAAAAUAUUAUAAGAUUCUUAAAGAAAAUCCUGAUUCUUUGUCACAAAGAGAAGAGAAAGGAUUGGUUGAAUUGGCAUUAUUUUUGUCAAAAUUAUCUAGUAAACUUGAACGUAAUAGUAAAAUUUCUUCUGAAGAAAGGCAAUCAAUCAAAGAAAAUAUUCCGACUGAAGUUCGUGAUCCUGCAAAAUUAUCACGAAGAUUGAGUAGGCGAAUUAAUAAACAUAUUAGCAGAUAUAGUGAAGAAACAGAUACACAAUUGGAUUCAACUUCAAAAAAUCAUUAUGAACUUCACAAUAUUUGUGCUGAUGAACGAUUAGGUUCAUCACCUGAAUCAAGAUUGAACGCUCCAACAAAGAUUAGAUUGAAAAUAGUUAGCAAAAAACGUAAUAUUGAUGAUGUAAAUAUAAAAGAUUCAGAAGAUAUUAAGGGUGUUAAUGAAAUGGCUGAUAAUAUGAUUGAAUCCGUCAAUGAACAUCAAUCAAAACGUAUGCAUUUAAGUUCUUCUCAAGCUAAUGAUAUUGAUGGUUUGUAUGGUGGUAAACAAGAUGAUUCACCUUUAACUCCACAAAGUGGAAGUACUAUAUCGUGGCAUGAAGAGGAUAAAUUUUUUAGGGAAUUAUAA